AUAAAGAGGUCAAGGAAAAUAGAUCUACCAAUCCAGUGUAAGGAUGACGUAAAUACUACAAACUGCGUAGAUUCUUGUCGUUUUCAUGUGUCGUUCCUGUCGUUGAUGUAGGGCGAUACAUUUCUAUGUUGAUAAUUGACGUAGCCUUACACCUACCGCGACAGCUAGUAGACACCGUAUUUACCUUAUCAGAUAACAGACCUCUGCUGCAUUAAGAAGACUGGAGAGAUACCUGGUUGCAUACACAGUCAAACAAGUAUAUUUUGGCGACGAUAAAAGAUGAUCCAUGAAAGGAGGUGUCCUAGAUUUAACAGCAAAAUAAAUCUUACACUAUCAGAAGAAAAUCUGGAUUUACGUUGAGCGCAGAUUCAAAGUUUAUGAGUGGGUUGUUUGAUUAAAUCGGUUUAUCUUCCGAUAAACAUCUAGUUUGGAAUUGAAGGAGCGCGAAGAUUAUUUUCCUCACCACAGGGAGUGCCAAUAUAUUUAUGCGCAGAAAAGUGAUUCUUCAAUAUCUUUUAAAGUGAUGAACAAUUAUAUAGGAGAAUGCAUUCUUGUCAUGGCUUAAAUAAAGUAAUAUAAGUCACAUGUAAAUUUUGAAUACAAAAUGAUCACCACAAACCUACCAACUACUUUCAAAGAGCAUUGCUCUUUUGUUACCUCCUAUUUGUGCUAAAUAAUACAAGAAAUAUAAAUCAAAUGUCUUUGUUCAUGGAUAUAUUUCAACAUCAUUCCAAUGGAUAUUAAAUAAUUUUCUACUGGAUGUUUUGUAAACAAAUCAGGUAAGGUUUUGUAGUUCAUGAGCUAUAUAGUAUUGUACAUUGUAUUAACAGUUUUACCUGCACAUCAACGAAUCAAUUAUAUAUACACUCUAGAUGUUUUUAUCAUCAAUAUUUAUGUUUCAUACACAUUCGUACCUUCACAGAAGCAACCGACAAUAGAUAAUAAAAGGAUACAAGGAUACUCAGACACUUUCGCCGAAUGAAAUAUUCACCCAUUAUAAUAUUUGUCCUGUGUUAAUGUGUGUUAAUUUCCACAGUGAAAAUGGUUUGAAUAAUGGAUACUCAGACACUUUCGCCGAAUGAAAUAUUCACCCUUUAUAAUAUUUGUCCUGUGUUAAUAUGUGUUAAUUUCCAUAGUGAAAAUGCUUUGAAUAAUGGAUACUCAGACACUUUCGCCGAAUGAAAUAUUCACCCAUUAUAAUAUUUGUCCUGUGUGUGUUAAUUUCCACAGUGAAAAUGAUAUGAAUAAUAAAUUGUGUACAAACAUCCCACGCCAUGAUCAAGUCUCCCUUAUUAUGUCGAAAAAAGGCAAAAGCAAACGACAUUAAUUAUGUCAUAAAUCAUAGGGAUCUUGCUGGUCUUGGUAUCCAUUUAACAUUAAUUGCAUAUGAAAUAUAAUAAUUGUUUCGCUACUAAACUGCCACGUGUCUUCCCAAAUUCUAUGAUACAAAUUGUUAUAAAUAUUCAGUUACAUAGUUAUAUGCAUCAUUUAUGUACGCAUUUAAUCCGCCUAUAUUGAACAGACUGUGCUGUCGUUUACCCUCUAUAGUAAGUAUUGGUAAGCUAUGCAAACACACAGGAUGGUCACAUCUAAAGUUAUCGGUUUUUCAUAUUUUAUAGGUACAUAUGAUUUGUUUUUAGACAAAAACACCAACUUAACUUCAACAUAUUUACCUGACAAAACUUAGUUCAAAAUUUAGUGUAACAAAAGCCUGGAACGACCUUAAAUGACCAUAGCUGUUAAAUAGGACGUAAAACAUAAAAAAACUAAACCAAAGUCACCGAAGAAGAGAUUUUCUUUAUAGAUAAUGGAGUCUGAGGUAAUAUAACCAAGUCAUGAUAAGUGUUGUAGUCAACAGUUUAAGAAGUCACUUUACAGUGUGAAUAUUUCUUAAUCUUCGAGAAUAAACAUUAACUACAGUGCGUAGUUUUUGUUUACAUCAUACAUACUUUGUUGCGUUCUGUUUGAUACAGAACUAAGAGAUAUAGAUUAUCACAUUAUAAACUAUUACUCAAUACAAUCUAACAAUUACCAGAUAUUAUUUGAAUAAAAAUGAAUUGUAAUAUGGAGAUAACUUUGAUAUAGAUGCUUUAAGCAUGAUGUUCAAUCCAAUUGAUAAUGAUUAUCAAUAAAGUACGUUGAAAUUGAAAUUGAAAUUAAUCUGGGUGUGAAUAAUACUAUUUCAAUAUCUUAAAAAAAAAUAAGCAAUAAAGAAAACAAAUAUAAUUUUAGUUGUUUUAUUUGCUCAGACGAAACCUUAAACUAUUAAAUAAAACAAAUAUAUAUAUAAAUAUCAACUAUUUGAUCCUUUCGAAGAUGUUGGAACUAUUUUAUUCUUUCGAAGAUUAGAUUAGAUCAUUAGCAUUUGUUGGAACUUGAUACCAUUUGAUACAAUGCUACUUCAAUUGACAACAGAAUGCAUGCAUUUAAGUAAAUAGUGUGUGUUUAAUUGUUUGAGUAAAAUGCGAGUAUUUGAUUGAAAAUGUUUUGUAUUUGAUAACGUAAACAUGUAAGCUGCUUGAUUGUUUGUUUAUUUGGGAAGUGUGUGCAUGAUUGUUAUCGAUUCUUUAUGAAUAGUGCAAAAUCCAUUGUUCCUGUACAUUAAGUGUGGGCUUGAUUAUUUAUGUAAAAUGUGUUUGUUUAAUUGUUUGAGAAAAAAGUGUUUGUUUGUUUGUGUUAAAUAUGUUUAUUUGUUUUUUCUGUAAAAAUGUUUGUGUUCUUAGUGUGUGUAUGAUAGUUAAUGUAAAGUGUUAGAUGUUAUAUAUUAAUAAUAUGUGUUUCAUUGUCGAUGUAAUAACUGUCCUGUCUCUGUGUAAAUGGUGUGUGUUCGGUUGUUUAUGAAAAUUGAGCAUGGUUGAGUGUUUAUGUCAAUCGUACGUGUAGACUGUGAGCGAGAAGAUGUUUUAAUAUUUUUUGUCUGCUAUUAGUGCAAGUAUUAUUGGUUUGAAUAAUUUUGGAAUAUGCUUUUGUUAGGACACAUAUUGAAUUUACAAAAUACUUAUUCAGAAGACAGAAAAACCGUCUUUGAUAACAUAAAAAGUGAAGGUGAAAUGUAUGCAGAAAAAAUGAUAGCAACUUGUAAGAUGAAGUGAAUAUGUAUCGUCGUUAACAAAGAGUAAUCCUGUAUAUAAAAAAUACGAAAAGAUUUGAAAACAAGUGAGCUGACUUUAAAUAAAUAAAUUCAGUUGUAUUUUAAUAAAUUCACAAUCUUACACUGUUACGUGAUUUCAUGAAAACAUCAAAGAAGAAAAACUGGAAAAGUUCCCCAAAUAAAAGCCCCCCUUUCACUGAACUUGGUAUUAUCUUUAUCUCUACCGAGAAUUUCCAGCCACGUAAACACUGUUGUACUUUAAAUAAUCCUCACACUACCUGUAUCUCAAGGCGUUGGGCUGACCUUGACAAAACAAUGCGUAUCUAUAGUAGUUCAUUGUUGGAUGUUUAAAUAUUUACGUAGUAUUAAACUCAAUAUGGGGAGUAAACGUGUAUACAUUUCUAUGUGCCGCAUGAUUCAACUUGAAAAUUUAAAAAAAACAACGUUUUAUUUUGACGGCUCACAGAAAUUCAUCAUUUACAACCGCCAGACAACGUUUAAAUCGGUCAAAUAGGAUUAUCUCCCCUUUUAACACAGCACUCCCACACGCACGAGUUUUUACUGAUAAAAAAUGUUAUGAAUGAAACGUGAGAAAGUUCACAUAGUACGGAGCAGUAUCGGUAAUUGUCGGAAGUUUCCGUCAAUUGUAAAAAGCAUAUCCCAGAAUUCCACCGCAGUUGGCGAGGCUCAUUCAAAUUACAGAUAUUCGUAUCCCAUAAGCAACGUGGAAUCAAGACGGCAAGAUCACCAGGAAGGUUUGUAUUGAGUGAAGUGUGAUUCAUAGACGCUUGAAUAAGGCGGGGUUCAUAGUUCAUCGCCCUCAGUACUCUGUAAUGCUGCGACCUGUAGCGCUCUUCAGUGGAAGAAGGUCAAGCCAUGUCAAUAAUGUUACCAAGAUGACGGCAGAGCACCAGCGUGUGCAGGCCGAGGGAUAUGGAGACUCGGUCAUUACACAGAUGAAAAACCUCCGCACUAAUAAUGAGCUGUGUGACUUCAAGGUGUCUGCGGAGGGACGGACAUUUGAUGUCCACAAGGUUCUUCUUGCUGCGACAAGUGAUUAUUUCAAGGUCAUGUUUGGAGGUGUCAUGGCCGAGAGCAAGCAAAAUUCUGUGGACCUGAAGGGAGUCACAGCAGACGGCCUUCAGCAGAUCGUGGAGUUUAUUUAUAGUGGCGAGAUGUCUCUCCAUUAUGACAACCUGACAGAAAUCAUCAACACUGCCAGUCAUCUCCAGGUGUCCUCGGCAAUAGAACUCUGCAGUACUUACAUCAAGUCACUUAUGACCUUCGACAAUGCCGACGAGUUUCUCACCAUAGCAGACACAUAUUCCCUCGAAAAGGUCCAGUAUCACUGGGAUAACAUGAUCCUGAACAGUUUCUAUGAGUUCAGUCAGACCCAAAUCUUUCUGAAGCUUGAUGCCUCUUCACUUACAAAGUACCUCUCGCAAAACGCACUCAGGACCUCCUCAGAGUACAAACUCUUUCAGUGUCUGGAGAAGUGGUUUCGUUAUAGCCCUGGACGAUUUCAAAACGAUGGACCUGAUGUGCUUAGUCAUAUUCGAUUUCCGCUAAUGACAGAAGCGGAGUUGGCCACUGUACAGGAGAAUGAAAUAAUCAAAAGGUGUCCGGGGGCUAUCCAAUAUGUGGCACGCGGGUUCAAAUACCACAUCGACUGCAAAGAAGGACAUCCAAACAUUGAGGAAAUAUCCACAAUUCGAAGUGAAAUCCCUUCUCUAGUAUUAGUUCACCAUGGGUCGUCAUAUAUGCCAUUUCAGAUAACUGCACACAAUCAUAUCUCAGGGGUUUUUUACCGUCUUUUCUCAGAUGUUAAUGGAAGCAGGGACUGUAGACUUGUAGUUGUGGACAAUUUUGGUUACAUUUGUCGUGUGGUGGACUUUGGAGGGGGUACCUUGAUGAGCUCCUUAGUACGUUUCGAUCCACGUCACUUGGUCAGUCAGGAACUUCGCCCAAUGAGACGGUUACGGAUGGACUUCGUACUUACGGCUCACAAGAGUUGCCUGUAUGUAUUUGGUGGCUCAACAGAGCAGUUUGCAAUCUUGGACUCAGUGGAGUUUUAUAACGUCACCACAAAUACAUGGGGUGAUCUACCUCCACUUCCCAGCCCUCUCCACUCCCUGGCGUCAGCAGUGGAAGGUGACCAUAUCUACCUCUCGGGCGGAGUGUCCAGUCAGGAUCGCCAGGCGACCAACACGUUCAUGUGCUUCUACCCGCUCACCCGUCACUAUGAAUCACUCCCAGGCAUGUUUUACGCGCGUCGUCUGCACGACAUGGUAUCGUUUCAGCAGAAAAUUUAUGUUGUGGGUGGCAUCCCUAGACAGGGAGCACCUCUUCAUGGACAGAUCCCAAUUGAGUCUUUCAACUUUUCCACCAAUCAGUGGACAAUGCUGUCGUCGACGCUUAGUGGGCGAUCGGUGGGACAUUACAUGCACUUUGAAGGACAGAUUUUGUCGCUGGGUCACGAGCAUCACAAUGCCACUGAAGACGAGAUCUGGAUCUAUGAUCCGGAAGUUGAUGACUGGGUGAAACACGCCAAGGCACCUCAGCGCAUGAAUCUCACCUCUGCCAUCUGUACUGUAUUACAUGUCAAUUACGACAAUGAAAAAGUUUGUAAAACCUUUCUUAAGGAAAAAUAAGAGUGUGAUUGCAAAUGUCAGGGUUACCGUAUAUGUCAAUAUAAUUUGUUAAAGCAUGAGAUAUACUAAAACAAGGAAGAGGAAUAUUUAAAAUGAUUAUAAUAAGAGUUUGGUUAAAAAUCUUU